AUUACUUUGAGGUACAAGGUGUACAACCACAACAACCAAUUUAAUAUACAAUAUACAUAUUAGUAAGUAAAGUAAGUUGUGGUAGYGACAUUAAUUAUUGGAGAACUGAAAAGUGAAAAUCAAAAUAGUUAAACCAUUCAGUUUUGAUUAUCUCAUUAGUCAUUGUCAUUCGCUGAUCGCUGAUCGCUGUUCAUUCAGUUCAUUGUUCUAUUACUGCUUGAUAUCCAUCAUUUUCUAAUUUUCAAUAAAGGUUUAAGCUUGCGAAUUCUGUAUUGUGAUCGUAAUAAUAUCUAGCAGCCUUGUUACGUACUAGAAUUCAGAAUAUCUAUUAUACUUGUAAAAUUUUUCGCGUUUUGUCAUAUACACUGAAUCAAAAUACACUAACGUUAGGAGCAUCAAUUUGAAACUACAAUCAACUUGACAAUUUUUAAAUAGAAGUUGAUUUUUUUCAACGAAUCUAACAUGUUUCCCAAUGCGUUGAUGACCGACAUGUUUGGAAACGAUAAUCCAUACAGAAAUUCAAUGCAGCAAAUGGACCAAAUGAUGAAUUCAUUUUUUGGAGGAUUUCCUGAUCCAAUGUCUGGAUCCAAUGGYAUGAUGAUGCCAUUUGGUGGCGGAAUGUUUGGAAAUUUUGGUUCCAUGAUGAAUAAUAUGAAUAAUUCUAUGAAUAUGAUGGUCAGUGGUAAUCACCCAGGCCAAUCAUUCAGCAGCAGUAGCAGUACAUUUAUGUCAUACUCAUCAAAUGGCCCAAAUGGCCAGCCACAAAUUUAUAAAGCUUCCACUUCUACUCGUACCGGUCCAGGAGGGGUAAAAGAGACAAAAAAAGCUGUUAGUGAUUCAAGGACAGGUGUUAAGAAGUUGGCUAUUGGGCAUCAUAUUGGAGACCGUGCACACAUUGUUGAACGUCAACAAAAUGUAUAUUCUGGAGACCAAGAAGAAAACCAAGAAUAUAUUAACUUGGAUGAUAAUGAAGCUGAGGAGUUCAACAAUGAAUGGCGCAACAAAGCUCAAAACUUGAAUUCUCAUCGUAGUCGUUACUUGCCCUAUACUCAUAGAAUUCAAAAUUCUUCAGUUCCUUUAAAAAAACAUCUCAAGGCAUUACCUUCCCCUACUCCUUCAACAUCACGUAACAGGUAUGUGUAGUAAUUAUAAUUAAUU